UUAGGCAUCAGUCGGCACGACAACACCGGGCACAAAAGGGUUGGUGGGCACAUGCAGCCACAGAAGUGCGCCGUCUUUUUUCGGGUCGUGCUCCAAACACCCACAGUAGCCGAGGCCGGUCUCUCGGCUCCAUGCAACAGCAGGCCCAGUACGCCACCCGAAGAAGUCGUCGUCCACAUGAAGCAGCCAGUCCGUCCGAAAGCCGUCCGUCACUAUGGUGUCGUCACCUGUAUAGCUCGCGUCGAUCAGGUGCCAGAUCUGCCCGAAUGGGUGCAGCGCAGUGUCCUCCAGGAACUCCCAAUCACUAAAUGGACACCGCACCUGCAAUUAAUGAAUAUAUAUAUUAUAUGCCACCUCCAUAUUGCUCCCUCCAGCCACCUGACGCACCUCGAGAGCGGCAUGCCUGUCGAACACUGCAACGGCUCGCCAGACGGUUCGCUGAUUGAUUGGACCGUAUAUGUCCUCAAUGGCCCUCUCGCGCUCACAGGUGACAUCCUUGAGUGCACUCCGGCGAUCCAUCUCAUGCCUGUCGACCGGUCAAUCAAACAAUCAAACAAAAGCAUGCCAUCAAGCAAUCCACCAAACACACAUCUAUCCUUUCUUGUCUGCUUGCCUGCUCAGUGUCCCCACGCAAUAACGGGAUUUUCGAAAGAAGCACCGCGUCUCCAUGGCACACGCUGUAUGCGUUGAAGAACUGCGCUGCAUUCGCCCAGAAGACCGUGACAGAUGGGGGCAGCAGGCGCAGCACCUUCUCGGCCUCUGCCAGACUCGCACCGCCGAUCGUGUCA